AUGCAACAAAUGCCAGUGGCACAGGUGGAGGGGAGGUUACGUCGCAGUGUUCCCAGCCUUCCAGCAAUCAAGCUUGACAGGCUGAAAACAGCUAAAGCACUGGUGGAGAAAGCAGUCAAGUUGCGGAAGGUGUUUUCAGUGCAGGGACCCUAUCCUGUGAUCCGUGCUGCCUUAUGGGCUAGAGGGUGGGUGGAACGCCAUUUGCCCCAUCCUGCCCAGAGAGCACCUCAUUACCAUGGGGAAGAGGAGGAGGAUGGUGAUGAUGGUGAUAUCAGCGCUGUUGUUACCGAGGGAGUGGAUGAAGGCGAGAAAGAGGAGAACCUUGAUGACAUGUAUGACCUCAUGUCCCGCAUGGUUCGAAAUGAAACAACAUAUUUCUACUGGACAACACGUCGGGAUUACAUAGACUGUCACUCUUUACGGAAUGACCAGAUGACCAAUCACUAUGCAAAUGCUGCAGCGUUUACCACCAAGGUGGGGCUUUGUGUGAACUUGCGUAACCUUCAUUGGUUUGAUACAGCAGAUCCUGACACCUUCUUCCCAAGAUGUUACAGGCUUGGUGCAGAGGAUGAGAAGCGUGCAUUCAUAGAGGACUUCAGGAGGACAGCAUGCUCCAGCCUGUUGCAGCAUGUGGUUGAGACAAGUAUAAGGAGGAGAGAGGAAGAAGAGUUUGAGAAACAAAAAGCCCAGAACAGCCCCUGUGAAGAGAUAGAAAAUGUGGAGCAGCUAUCUGUUGGUCCAGGGGUGAUCGACACAGCUUUACAAGUGUGUCAAGAGUUUCUCAGUGUUUUAGAGCACAGUGACAUUGAUGUGAAUGAGGAAACACUGCCCUCAAUGAAGGAACAUCAGUGGGCAGAGUUUCUGCUAGACUACUACAUGGUGGUGCAUGACAGUGCAUUGAUCAGGGGCAGCAGUGCAUUUGUGGAGCGCUGCCAGUCUACGUUGGCCAGAUUGCAGGAGGUUUGUCCUCAGCUGGAAACAGAUGGAAUAAAUAACAUUUGGAUCAUCAAGCCGGGCGCUAAGUCAAGAGGAAGAGGUAUAAUGUGCAUGGAUCGCCUGGAUGAGAUUUUAGCGUUGGUGGACACUGACAGAGCCUUGGCUAAGGAGAGUAAGUGGGUGGUUCAGAAAUAUCUGGAACAUCCUCUGUUGAUCCAUAACACCAAGUUUGAUGUUCGUCAGUGGUUCCUUGUCACCGACUGGAACCCUCUGACUGUCUGGUUCUACAGAGAGUGCUAUCUACGGUUUUCCACUCAGCCCUAUUCAACAAAAAUCCUGGACAGCUCAGUCCACCUGUGCAACAACUCCAUCCAGAAGCACUUCCAGCCCUCCUGUGAUCGCCAUCCAGGAGUGCCUGAGGACAAUAUGUGGUCAUGCUCUCAGUUUAGGGCUUUCCUGCAGCAGCAAGGCCAUGGGGUUGAGUGGGAGUCAGCGGUGGUCCCAGGCAUGCAGCAAGCUGUAGUGCGUGCCCUGCAGACAGCCCAGGACCUGGUAGAGCCCCACAAGGCAAGUUUUGAGCUCUACGGAGCUGAUUUUAUGUUUGGCAGAGAUCUGAGGCCUUGGCUCCUGGAGAUCAAUGCCAGUCCAACUAUGGCGUGUUCCACCACUGUGACUGCUCGCCUCUGUCCUGCUGUGCAGCUGGACACACUGAGGGUUGUGCUGGACCGACGCACCGAUCCCAGUGCUUACACAGGAGGAUUCCAGCUAAUCUACAAACAGGCUGCAGUUGAAGUUCCACAGUAUGUGGGAGUGAACCUGUUGGUGGAAGGAGCUCCUAUAAAGCGAUCCAGACCACUACUACAUAGACGAACAGUUAUUUCUAAUGCAACUCUUACUAUCCAGUUCCCAUCAGAACACUUGUCUUCAGAGGAGGUUAAAAUCAAACAUAAACCAUCAGGUAAGAAGUCCUGUGCAGUCUCCACUUUUUGCCGUGCAGACAAGGAGAAUCAACCUGUUGGAGAGAAAAAGAGGCAGCUGACAUCAGUUUCUCCAAAGAGGGAAUGUGAGGGGAGAACAGAGGUUCAGAAUUACUGUGUUCGCAGGUCCUGUCGCAAUCUAGUGUCUGAACAGCUUUUGGUGAUACGCAAUGAACCUCAGAGCAAAGCACGACGUUUGGGUCUGAGUCUCAGUGGCAAUGAGGCAACUCUUGUCCCAAGCAGCCUUUCUUUUUCCCUCAGCCCCCCUCACAGCUUUUCAGAUUGUAAAACCCAAAACAAAUCAGGCCAUGGAUCACACACCUUUAGAUCCUUCCCCCCCCUGGCAGCUUCCCAGCCUCAGCACAGGACUUCUACCCGGGUCUUUCCUUCCCUCCAUGGUCCGCUCCCUACCCUGGAGGUCUUUAGCUUGCGACCAAAAAUUGUUGUGGGAACCAUUGCCUGCCGUAAUCCAACCCUUUCCUCUCAUUCUAGCUUCCAUAGGCAUCAGUUAUUCCUCCGCUCUUGUAGGCAGACUGUGGCCAAAUGUAAAGGGGACUGCACAGGAACAGGACACAAAUACUAG